UACAGACAGGGCAGGUAACAUUUGGUACUAAUUGCAAAUGAGGCACAGCUGUGUUGAGAGAGAGGGACUAGACUGAGAAGAAGAGGAAGUGUGGAUGAUGAAUAAUUUUUAUUUUUAGACAAGAUUAUAGACUGCUGCUGCCCUCCUCUAUCUUUCAUCUGCAUUGUCAUUUCUGUUUAGCCCAGUUCAUUGGUGAGGAAGUUGCUGAUGUUCCAGCAGCUCUUUGAUAAUGAUUUUGGUCUGUGAGAGAAUUUCACAGGAAGUAAGAAGAGAUCACCAAGGACCAUGGCAGACGGUGGGAGCUUCAAUGUCAACAUCUGUGAAAUAGAUGCUGACUAUGAGAACCUUGAAGAGGGUGAACCAGAACAGGACUCCUUCCUGCAGUACAUGGUUGAACUAGCAGCCAGCACCCAGAGCUGCCCUGAAACCCUGGAGAUGGAUGUGAUCAGAGAACGCAAAGACAGCAGCUCGACCAGCAGCGACGACACGCAGGAUGAGGCCCCUGACACAGAGCAUAUCAGCUCUCUGCAGAGGCAACACUGGUCAGCUGCUACACUAAAGGUCCUCUCUUCGAUGCCAAGUCGCACUGCUGGGCAAAAUAGUGCUGCAGUCAUUUCCCGGCGUUUCCGUCAUCCCCAGCUACACCGACACCAGACGUCUUCCCGUGAUUCCUUUCAGCCCUCUGGACUGAUCCAGGUCGACUUUAGCGAAGCUGAUGUGGUGGAAGUCAGUGCUGAAGAAAGCAAGAUGGAGCAGUUGGCUUCCAACUUUCGAGGCCUCUCACUGAGUGAGGGCAUGCGCAAGCUGCGAGCCAUGCCCCUCAGCCUGGGAGAGAAGAUGGAGCUCAGGCGACUUGCUUUCAGUGAUGAAGUGAAAAGCUCACUCAUCAGCAGAAACAUCCCCUGCUACAGAAGUCUCAGUGAGGGUAUUUCGAGGACAUGGCGUCACUGCAUGUUCAGCUGCCUCCCCAUCCUCAGCUCCCUCCAGCUGUGGCAUUCAGCCAUGAAGAGACUGAGUGGGCGUUACGGAACCGGGGUGCUCUCCUACUUCCUGUUUCUCCGAACCCUCCUGCGCUUUAACCUCCUGCUCUUCGUCAUCAACGGCCUGUUCGUGGUCUUCCCUCAAGCCGUCCACCCUCCUUGUCAUCCUCCUAAUAACAAUUACACUCCCACUGGCCUGGAGCUUUUCACUGGCACUGGCUACCUCACUCAGAGUAUUAUGUUUUAUGGCUACUACACCGGGAGCAUCACCGAAACUUGUCAAUCUCCUGAGUCGACCCAGACAAUGCCAUACAACAUACCUGCAGCAUACUUCUUCACCAUUGCCAUCGCUUUCUUCAUUAUCUGCAUGAUCCUGGUGUACAGGAUAUCCAAGUCCAUCGGGAAAAGUUUUCAUGUCCUCAAGUCUAACGGGAAUCUGGCGGUACAAGUUUUCUGCACAUGGGACUUUAAGCUCAGCAAGAAGUCAUCAGUCCGAUUUCUGUCUGAGAAAAUCAGCACUCAGCUCAAAGAGCUCCUGUCUGAGGUGAUCAGCCAGGAGGAUGAGAAGAGCUGCAUGCAGCGACUCUGCCGCCUCUCGGUGCAUCUGUUGGCAUGGGCAAUGUGUCUAGCCAGCAUCUUCCUGGGCACCAUGGGAGUCUACUACCUGUCAGAGGACCCCACUGAGGAGAGUCCUGACGCGUUUAAGCUGCUGCGCUUAUCUGCUGUGGUGUCCAGCCUUAACCUGUUACUACCCGGCCUCUUCAACCUGUGUGCCUGGGUAGAGAGACAAGACUCACCCAGUGUUCGUGUCUAUGUCUCCAUCUUCAGGAACCUGUUGCUGAAGGUCAGUAUUGUUGGAGUGCUGUGUUACCGCUGGCUGGGGAAAAUUGCAGAGGGACCAGAAAAUCAUGAUUUAAAGUGUUGGGAAAGCUUUGUGGGGCAAGAACUGUAUCGCUUGCUCCUGAUGGACUUCAUCUUCACUGUCAUUUACAUUUUUCUGGGCGAGUUCCUGUGGAGGCUAUUUUCCAAGCAAGUGCUGAAAAGGAACAGGAAGCCAGUGUUUGACAUUGCUCGUAAUGUGCUGGAGCUCAUAUACGGACAAACUCUAACUUGGCUUGGGGUGCUGUUUGCCCCACUGCUUCCUGCAGUCCAAAUCAUAAAACUGUUUGUGCUGUUUUACAUGAAGAAGAGCAGUCUGAUGCUCAACUGUCAGGCCUCCAGAAAGCCCUGGAGGGCCAGUCAGAUGACAACUCUAUUCAUCUCUCUUUUGUUCUUCCCCUCAUUUCUCGGUUCUGCGGUAUCAGUUAGUUACACAAUUUGGAAGAUUAAACCUUCAUCGGGGUGCGGUCCUUUCAGGAAUCUCACCACAAUGUUUCAGUCAGGGAAGCUUUGGCACCAGAAGCUGGAGAGCACCUACCCAGUCCUUUCUUGGCUCAGUUGGGUCUAUAACUCUCUGGUAGAGAACCCAUUGUUCUUAUUCCUCGCAUCUGGAGUCUUAAUAAUGGUGAUAUAUUUUCACACUCAAGUUGUUGAUGGCCAAAGGAGAAUCAUCAGUCUGUUAGAAAAGCAAAUUGAAAAUGAGGGUAAGGACAAAAAGUUCCUCAUCACCAAAUUGCAAGACAUUUGUGAACAGAACAGUGUGGUUUCCCCUCAGAGAUAAGUUUGUGCCUCAACAACAAUAACAACAUACUGUAGCAAUGGUGAGAUAGUAUCUCAUCAGUGACAAGCAUCUCAGCUUUGAUCACAACUGUGGAAAGACGAUUGUCAACAUUACUGGGAAUGUCACUGCCAAUCUAGAGCUAAAACAAUAGUAAAAGCAAACCUGUGACAGUAGAGUA